CCGAGUAAUAUAUAACACAAACAACAUCAUCACAUUGCUUGCCUACAAAACCAACACACACAAACACCCACAUUUGACGUGUUUCAACAAAUUCUUACACUCCCAGGUGUUUUAGAGCGAGCAUUAAUGGCGACGGGCCAACUGUUUUCUCGUACAACACAAGCAUUGUUCUAUAACUAUAAACAGUUGCCGAUUCAGCGGAUGCUUGAUUUUGACUUCCUUUGUGGGAGGGAAACACCGUCAGUUGCUGGAAUCAUUAACCCUGGUUCCGAGGGAUUUCAGAAACUAUUUUUUGGCCAACAAGAGAUUGCCAUCCCAGUUCAUUCAACUGUUGAAGCAGCUUGUGCAGCACAUCCGACUGCUGAUGUCUUUAUAAACUUUGCCUCAUAUAGAAGUGCAGCUGCUUCAUCUAAUCUCGCUCUCAAACAGCCCACAAUCAGAGUUGUGGCUAUUAUAGCUGAGGGUGUUCCUGAAUCCGACACCAAGGAAUUGAUUGCAUAUGCAAGAUCAAACAACAAGGUUGUUAUUGGUCCGGCAACAGUUGGCGGUAUUCAAGCUGGAGCAUUCAAAAUUGGCGACACUGCGGGAACAAUUGAUAACAUUAUACAAUGCAAACUUUACAGGCCUGGAUCUGUUGGAUUUGUCUCCAAAUCUGGUGGCAUGUCAAAUGAGUUGUAUAGUACAAUUGCGCGUGUGACAGAUGGACUCUAUGAAGGUAUUGCCAUUGGAGGUGAUGUUUUUCCUGGUUCUACUCUUUCUGAUCACGUAUUGCGGUUUAACAACAUUCCUCAGGUGAAAAUGAUUGUGGUACUUGGGGAACUCGGUGGUCGAGAUGAGUAUUCCUUAGUUGAAGCCCUUAAAGCAGGAAAAAUCAAUAAACCAUUGUGCGCAUGGGUCAGUGGAACUUGUGCUCGACUCUUCAAGUCUGAAGUUCAAUUUGGGCAUGCAGGGGCCAAGAGUGGUGGUGAAAUGGAGUCUGCACAAGCUAAAAACCAAGCACUCCAGGAUGCUGGGGCCAUUGUCCCUACGUCGUAUGAAGCCUUUGAAUCUUCAAUCAAGGAAACAUUUGCAAAAUUGGUCGAUGAGGGCAAGAUUAGUUCUAUUAAGGAGAUUACUCCACCACAAAUUCCCGAGGACCUUAACACCGCAAUUAAGAGUGGGAAAGUACGGGCACCAACCCAUAUUAUCUCAACUAUCUCCGAUGACAGAGGUGAAGAGCCAUGCUAUGGUGGCGUACCAAUGUCUACCAUUGUUGAGAAAGGAAUGGGCAUUGGUGAUGUUAUAUCACUUUUAUGGUUCAAACGCAGUCUUCCCCGCUACUGCACACAAUUUAUCGAGAUUUGCAUCAUGUUAUGUGCUGAUCACGGGCCGUGCGUAUCCGGUGCUCACAACACAAUUGUAACUGCUAGGGCAGGAAAAGAUCUCGUAUCGAGUCUUGUUUCUGGUUUACUAACUAUUGGUCCACGUUUCGGUGGCGCCGUUGAUGAUGCUGCUCGGUACUUCAAAGACGCUUUUGAUAGGAAACUUUCACCAUACGAAUUUGUUGAGAGCAUGAAAAAGAAGGGAAUUCGUGUACCUGGAAUUGGUCACAGGAUCAAGAGAGGUGAUAAUAGAGAUAAGAGAGUGGAACUGUUACAACUAUUUGCCCGGACAAAUUUCCCGUCAACAAAGUACAUGGAAUAUGCUGUUGAAGUAGAAACUUACACUCUCUCGAAGGCAAACAACUUAGUCAUGAAUGUUGAUGGUGCCAUUGGUACCCUAUUUUUGGAUCUUCUUGCUGGUAGUGGAAUGUUCACCAAACAAGAAAUUGAUGAAAUUGUUGACAUUGGUUACCUUAAUGGUCUCUUCGUUUUGGCCCGUUCCAUCGGUCUGAUCGGGCACACAUUCGACCAGAAGAGAUUGAAGCAGCCACUAUACCGUCACCCAUGGGAAGACGUUCUUUACACCAAGUGAUUCAUGUUGUAACCCAUGGGAAGAUGUUCUUUACACCAAGUAAUUCAUGUUGUAACACUUAUAUCUGUAAUUCAUCAUUGCUUACCAUUUGUCUGUAUCAUUUAGCUUAAACCUUAAUUACAUAUGGUUUAUAUCUCGAUUGGUUCGUGGAGUUAGAAGCAAGAACUUUGCUCUUUCUGUUGUACUAUGUUUUAUAGUUCUUAAUAAUGGCAGUUUUUCCCUGAGUUGAAUAA